UACAAAAAUCAUAAUUUAGAAUAAUCUACAACACCUAAUAAUGAUCAUGAUUUAAAAUUCUUUUUUUUAUAAUAAAUUAAUCGUUUUAAUUCUUAGAGUUUAAUUGUAAAACUAAAAGAUUUUAAAUUAUUUCCCUGGAAAAUUUAAAAAAGAAAAAGAAAAAAGAAAAGGAUAAAAACAAAACUAAUUUGCCGAUGUAAAAAUAACCCAAGGACCCUCGUGGCCUCGUUUCUCAAGUGAACCAAAGGGUCCAUCGGCUCCAUCCACUGGGCUAAACAUGACAUAUAAAAGUCCAAACCAAGCCCAUAAAAGGAUUUGGCGGGAAUUUCAUUUGGUAUUUUAAACAAAUCACAAAUACAAAACCGCGAGAAAAAUCAGAAAAGUGACCCUAAAAAACCCUCCAAAUUCCCAAACCAAAACCCUAGAUCUGAUUCAUCUUCUUCACAGCCAAACAUGGCGAAAGACGAUGCUCAGCUAAAGACCGCAAAGCGGGCAUACCGGAACGCCGCGGAGGAGGGCAACCGGCGGGAAGAGGCAAGGUGGGCGAACGUGGUAGGUGACAUUCUGAAGAACAGAGGAGAGUACGUCGAGGCCCUGAAAUGGCUCCGAAUCGAUUACGAUGUCUCUGUCAAACACCUUCCGGAGAAGCACCUCCUUCCGACUUGUCAAUCUCUAGGGGAAGUCCAUCUCCGUCUCGAGCACUUUAAAGAGGCCCUGAUUUGUCAGAAAAAGCAUUUAGAGCUUGCUGUGGACAGCGAUGACCUUGUUGAGCAACAAAGAGCCAGCACCCAACUUGGUCGAACUUACCACGAAAUGUUUCUAAGAUCUGAUGAUGAUCAUUACUCAGUCCGAAAUGCCAAAAAGUAUUUCAAAUCGGCCAUGAAACUUGCUCAGGCUCUCAAAGAAAACCCACCAUCUAAUAGAACUUCUUUUCUCAAGGAAUACAUUGAUGCCCAUAAUAACAUUGGAAUGCUUGAAAUGGAUCUUGAUAACUUGGAAGCAGCUGAGCAAAUUCUUACCAAAGGAUUAGAGAUUUGUGAUGAAGAAGAGGUACUUGAAGAUGAUGAUUCACGUAGCAGGCUUCAUCACAACCUUGGAAAUGUCUUCAUGGAGCAGAGAAAGUGGGAAAAAGCUCUAGAGCACAUUAAGAAGGACAUCAAGAUUUGUAAGAAUAUUGGCCAUUGCCAAGGAGAGGCAAAGGGAUACAUCAACCUUGGUGAAUUGCAUUACAGGGUUCAGAAAUAUGAUGAGGCCAUUCGUUGCUAUCACAAGGCACUUGAUAUGGCAAAAUCAAUGGAAGAUGAGGAUGCUUUGGCUACUCAAAUUGAACAGAAUAUUGUAAUUGUAAGAGAAGCAAUCAAGGUAUUGGAUGAUUUAAAGAAAGAAGAGCAGAAUCUGAAGAAACUUGCAAGAAAUAUGGCCACGGCUAGAGGUACACCAGGUGAAAGGAAAUGUCUGCUGCAGCAAAAUGCAUCUCUUGACUGUCUCAUUGAGAAAUCAGGCAUGAUCUUUGCAUGGAUAAAACACCAUGAAUUUGCCAAAAGGAAGAAGAGAAUAGCGAGUGAACUUUGUGAUAAAGAAAAACUGAGUGAUUCAUAUCUAGUCAUUGGAGAAUCGUAUCAAAAGCUCAGGAAAUUCAACAAAGCCCUUAAAUGGUACACAAAAUGUUGGGAAACCUACAAAUCGAUCGGCAACUUGGAGGGGCAAGCAUUAGUGAAGAUUAACAUUGGAGAUGUUUUGGAUUCUGGUGGUAACUGGACUGGGGCUUUAGAGGCAUUUCAAGAGGGUUACAGGAUUGCUGUUAAAGCGAACGUCCCUUCUGUACAGCUAUCUGCGCUAGAGAAUAUGCACUACAGCAAUAUGAUAAGAUUUGAAAAUGUUGAAGAGGCCAGGAGGUUGCAAUUGUUGAUAGACAAAUUGAAGCAGUCAAAGUCUAGAGAGCUUGAAGUACAAACUAUGGCCGGAGAUUGCUGCUCUGAAACAAAUACUGAAGGGGAUGAUCAAUCAUCAAAUAGUAUUUCAGAAGUGAGCUGUUCGUCAAUGAAAAGUAAAUCUAAUUCUACCAAAGCAAAAUCCGGCACGAGUUUAGAAGAAUUUAAGGAUGAUGCACCUUUGAUAUCACUUCUUCGUUCUCAUAGAAAUUCAUCCAAAAUUAAAACUUCUCAAGUAGAAAGACCCAUUGCGUAUGGCCAUCCUACAGAGGCUUCAUCCAAAAGCAUGUCCAUUUCUUUUGGUAGUCAGCAAACAGUUGGUCGUAAACGUGUCCGUGUAAUCCUUUCAGAUGAUGAAGGUGAAAUACAAGAUGAGGCAGAGGGUUUGAUAGGAAGGCUUCCUAAAUGUCCAGCAGAAGAUGUUGCCACUUCUGAUGAACUUAAGAGUAGAAAUGAUCUGUCUGGCACUGCUCGUGCAAUCAAGGAUGUCUCAUCAGUGGCCUCUAAAUGUGCCAUCAGUGCUUCCACUCCAGUUAAUCUUGAAGAAAGCACUUGUUCCUACAAAUCCAGUAGUCCUAAAGUUGCUGGUCAAAAUGUCAAGGAUGUCAAAUCUUCAAGCACCAAUGAAAUUGUCGAUACUUCCAAUUUUCACUUAAACAAUUCUAUUGGUGGAAAUGAUGCCUCUGAAAACCUGGUAUAUAAGUACACAUAUGGUAGUCUACAACAUAUAAAAUUCCAAAUUGAUGGAGAUCUUAUACAAGUGAAGCUUGCCUCGUGUAUGGCUGGUGAUAAACUGAGUAUAGAAUGCUUGAAGGUUGAAGUGGCAUGCAUAUACUAUUUACAAUUGCCUAUAGAGAAGAGAUCAAGGGGCUUGUUGCCCAUCAUUGGACACUUGAAAUGUGGUGACAGAGCUCUUGACUCCCUGGGAGCAGUUGAUACUCUUAAGGAUCACUUACGGGAAAAAGGCUGGAUUGAAGUUUCUAUAGAUGGAUGGGUGCAAAAGCCUUUGAUGAAAUUGUAUAUUGACUGCUGUAAGGAAUUAUUUGAGUCACCGGACCUGAAAUUGCUUAAAAAGUUGUACAAUUUAGAGGUUUCAGAAGAUGAAGUUGUUGUGUCUGAGUGUGAAUUGCAAGAUAUAUCAGUAACACCACUAUUGAAUGCGUUGCAUGCUCACAAGACAGUCGCCCUAUUAGACAUUUCUCACAAUUUGUUAGGAAAUAGAACCAUGGAGAAACUUAAACAAGUUUUUACAUCUUCGUGUCAAAGAUAUGGUGGUUUGGCUUUGGAUUUGCACUGCAACCGCUUUGGUCCAACUGCUUUAUUCCAGAUUUGUGAAUGCCCUGUGCUAUUUGCUCGAUUGGAAGUGCUCAAUAUCUCUGGGAACCGUUUGACUGAUGCAUGUGGAUCUUACCUUUCAACUAUUCUCGAAAAUUGCAGAGCCCUUUAUAGCUUAAAUAUAGAGCGCUGUUCUGUCACCUCAAGAACAAUUCAUAAGAUUGCCGAUGCACUGAAUUCCGAAUCUGUACUUGCACAAAUUUGUCUAGGAUAUAACCACCCUAUAUCUGGAAAUGCCAUAAUAAAUCUAUUAGCCAAGCUCACCGGUUUAAAGAGAUUUUCAGAACUAAAUCUGAAUGGUUUAAAGCUAAGCAAGCCUGCAGUCGAUAGCCUUUGCCAACUUGCAAGAACCUCAUGCCUGUCAGGAUUGAUGCUUGUGGAUACCAGCAUUGGAACCGAUGGAGCAUUAAAAUUAACCGACUCAUUGUUCAGUGGGAAUCAGGAAUUGGUGAAACUUGACCUGUCAUAUUGUGGACUAACAUCAGAAUACAUUGGCAGACUCAAUGCUGAAAUUUCGUUGAUUGGUGGUAUUCUUGAAUUGAACCUUGGAGGAAAUCCCCUGACGGAAGAGGGUGGCAUUGCAUUGGCAUCACUACUCAUGAAUCCCCAGUGUUGUUUAAAAGUUUUGGUACUAAGCAAGUGCUGCCUUGGACUUGUCGGAGUUCUUCGUAUACUUCAAGCAUUAUCAGAUAAUAGCACUCUAGAAGAGCUCUAUCUUGCCGGAAAUACCAAACCGGACAAAGAUCCUACUUCACAAUAUGACUUAACAGCUAAACAGAGCUUAAACUCCCUGGUGACAAAACAACAUUCUUCUGAAACUUCAUUAAUGAUAUCUGUAUCUGAGGAAGUUGAGGCUGCCCAACAAGGAAUAUGUGCUGUAAACACAGAAUGCAAUGAACUAGAAGUUGCUGACAGUGAAGACGAGCCAAUGGGAGAGCCUGCCUUAGCCGGUUUUGAUGAUGGCUGCACAAGCUCAUGUCAAAGGAGUCCUUCAAAUUUGGAGUUCCAAUUUAUUCAAGAGCUUUCAUCUGCCAUUAGCAUGGCGACGCAGUUACAAAUGCUGGACCUCAGUGACAACGGUUUCUCGACACAAAUCGCAGAAAAAUUAUCUACUGCUUGGUCAUCAAGUUCAAGAGACGGUAUAGCUCAGGUGCACAUUCAUGAGCAGACAAUCCACUUGUCAGUGCAGGGAAACAAGUGCUGUGGAGUGAAACCCUGCUGCCGAAGGAAUUGAGCUUGUAAUUAUUUGAAUUUUUCAUUUUUGUUUCUCAUGAAUUACUAUGAACAAACAAUUUUGUAGCAAAUGACCAUGCUCUGUGAUUGCAACUACUGGUGUUAUACUAAUGUGGGUGCUUUAGGGUAAAAGUCUGGUUGGGGUAUGGACUUUUAUUUUUGUAAAUACCAUUAUUACCUGCUUGUAAUGUUUUAACAAUAAUGUAAUCAGUGCUAGACAAAAUUUUGCUUUA